GUCCUACUUUUGCUGUUGAAGAGGAAAUGGGCGUAAGUGGAGCUUCCUUAUGACAACAAUAACAAAACAAACGUGUAACGAAUUCAUGUCUUCUAAAAGGAUCCAAAAGAGCUAAAUUUUAAACAUUUUAACAUUGAAAUCAACGCGCAAUCAAAUCCACACGGAUUAUUGUAGCUAGUGAAGAACACGUUGAAUGCAUCUUGGAUAGCUACGAGCUCUCGUUAGCAUAGUAACAAGCUAGCUGGCUUAGAUCUAAACAUGGAGAGCUUAUAUAAGCGUAGAGUUUACGAGUCUAUGAGAAAAAAGAAAGCUGCUGCUUCAAAAAGGAAACCACAGAUCGGCUUGUCAGCUCGCCUGCUGGAUGAUAGUGACGAAGAGUCUUGCGCGAGCACGACCAGCAUCAGCUCAGAGAGCGAAUAUCAGAACGAGGACAGUAGUGGAACCGAGAGAACACCAGACAGCGACGAAGACCAAAGUUCUUCUGGUGGCGAUGCUAGCAAGUCCACGGGAAAGCGCACCGUAUCCCAGUCUAGUCGCAAGCGUUCAACUCUUCCUGAGAGUUCCUCUGAUUCAGACAGCGACGUUGGAUCCAAGCCCGCGAGAAAAGUACUUCCCAGAAAACGCAUCAAAAUACAAAGCCCCGCGUCCGACUCUGAUGUUGAUGAUACUGCGCAAAAGGAGAAGUUAGCAGCUGAGGCUAAGGAAACUGCUGCAAAACGAAAGAAACGGCAGAAUAAACUUCUUGCAUUAUCCAAGAAGAUGAAGUCCCGCAUCAUAAAUCGCAGACGCAGACGGAAGGAUUCCGGUGAUGAAGAGGACUCCAGUAAGGAUGCAGAAGAUGGUAGUGAGAAAGAAGAAGACGACGAUAAGGAUGGAAAUGAUGAUGAUAAUGACGGUGAUAAUGACGGUAACGAUAAUGAUCGCACUGCCGAUCGCUUGAGAGGCAGCAGCGAGGACGACGAGGUGAAGGACAGUGACAGUCUGAAGGACUUCAUCGUUGAAGAUGAAGCGAAGAAGGGAGACAAUGACGAAGAAAACCUGGAGCCAGACAAGCAGGCGGUCUCUCUCCCACGCCAGUUCGUCACUGGAUCACAGCUCACACACUUCCAAGUGGUAGUCAAAGCUCUUCUUAUCAAUGUCUUGGAUGAGACCUUUCUCAAGUCUCUGUACAGCGGUGAGAGGACAAAGCGCUACGCUCAGGAGAUGAAGUCCUCACUCUUUCAUUUUGACGAGCGAACGGUACUCCCACGUCUGGAGAACCUGAAGCAACGCAGUCGCUGGAGCGACCGCUACAAGGAGAGAGUGGAGUGUUAUCCAAAGGUUCGGCUGGUGACCAUAACAAUUCUGGAGAACAAAUGCGAGGCUUGUCAGCUCCAAAGACAGUGCAGCUUCAAUGUCAAACUCUCUGGACAACUUUAUGACAACAACACACUCCAAGAGGACCACUUCAUGCCUAAUGACACUCAGACGUACAGCGUGGGAUCCGUCUGUGCCAGCCGAACAGAGGUCUAUCACACCCUGAAGCAUUUCAAGUACCACUUGUUCCAGCACUGCCGGACUGUUCUGGAAGAGGAGAAGAGCGGGGAGAAGGAGGAAGCAGUGAAGGACACCGUGAACAGGGUGUUCAUCAAACUUCAGGAUGGGGGCUGGAUUUCAGAGCAAUUUGAGAAAUUCCAGGAUCACAUCAACGACGCUGAUUUAUUCCAGGAAGAGAAGCUAGACUGAAGGAAGAGUUGAGGUCAAUGGGGAUUCAAGGAUUCAUCUGCAACAUACAGUAUACACUUAUCUAACAUCUGCUGUACAUUUUGCACACUGCUUGGAAAACAUACGUGUAGUAUUAAAA